GCGCCCUUCGCACUUUUUCGCACAUACUAGAUAGGGACAGCACCUGGUCCCGUAAUUAUGCAACCGCCAACUCCUCUUUCUCCGACAGAGACGCUUGUCGAAAGCCCCGCUGCGAGCAAGGAUGUCGACGCUAAGCCAGAGCUGUCUACGUCACGCAAGCUCGUGUUGCUCUCAAUCUUCUGUUUGGCUCAGUUUAUCGACUCCUUCAAUAACUCGGCGUUAUUCUCGGCGAUCCCUGCUCUUGAGACACAGCUCGGCAUCACGGAGAGCCAGUCCACAUGGGUCAUGAGUGCUUUCCAGUUGACUUUUGCGUCCUUUCUUUUGAUUAGCGGUCGUAUUUCCGAUGUAUAUCCUCCAAAACAUGCGUUCGUCGCUGGCAUCGCUGGGGAAGGUCUUCUUUCAAUUAUCGCUGGUUUUGUCAACGUGAAAAUCCCCCUCAUCAUUCUUCGCGCGUUGAUUGGGAUAUCUGCCGCGUUGACUAUCCCAUCUGCCUUGACUCUGCUCGUGAACGUCUUCCCCGAGCCUCACGAGCAAGCACGCGCCAUCGGCAUCUUCGGUGGCUGUGGAGGCGUGGCGAACGUGCUGGGCCUCAUCAUCGGCGCGUUCUUUGUUGAAUAUGCAUCGUGGCACUGGGUUUUCUGGUUUGUCGCUAUAGUCGCGAUUCCUGUCGCAGUCGUGGGAGGCAUUAUCAUCCCGCCGCAAGAACCAAAAGCGGAGGGUCUGGACCAGUCCGCCAAGUGGAAGAGUCUCGAUCUCAUCGGCGUGUCGGCUCUUACAACUGCCAUCGUCUUAUUCAUCUACGCCGUCACAUCCGGCUCUACCGAUGGAUUUGCAAAUGCUGGCGUGCUCGUACCGCUUAUUGUUGCCAUCCUGCUCACGAUCGCGUUCUUUCUUUGGGAGAGACGAAUUCCUCCCGAAAAGGCAGCAAUUCCGCCGCGCACGUGGUUUUACAAGAAUUUCUCUGUCCUCUUUGGCGCAUCUUUACUGCCAUUCUUCUGGUGGAGUACCAUCUUCACAAUGUUCAUGACUCUUUGGCAGGACGUAUUUGAUUGGUCGGUCAUCUCCUGCGCUAUACACAUGUUUCCCAUUGGUGUCCUGGCAUUCGCCAUGAGCUUUACUGGACCCCUCGCCAAGAGAAUCAGCCCCAAGUGGAUCAUCAUGACUGGCCUUGGUAUGCUCAUCAUCGCUACAGCGCUCCUUGCUAUCGGGGGCGGGAAAGAAGAGCUCUAUUGGUCGUAUGUCUUCCCUGCAUUCAUUCUGGGUAGCGGUGGCGCGCAGCUCAGCUAUUCGCACACAAACAUUGCAAUCUUCCGCGUCGCUCCGUCUUCAAUGGCAGGUACUGUGGGUGCAAUGUUCAACGGCGCACUUCAAUUCGGAGCAGCUGUCGGUCUCGCGGCGGUCACCUCGAUAGAGGCGGCGGUUGAGGAAAAGCAAGGUGGACCGCAGGAGUAUCACGGUCGCGCGGCAUCGUUGUGGUUCCUUACGGCGCUCGUUUGCGUCGAGUUCCUUUCGCUUUUGACGUUUUACCGCACCGAUGCCGAGAAAUCAGGGCCUUCAGAGUGUGACGUUGAAAAGUCCGUCGAGGGCAAGACCAGUUCCGAAGGCGAAGUGACCGAGCAAGAAAAGCAAGACUACGGCGGCGAUUACUUUUCAUCCAAAAAGGUUCAGGUUGAUUCUCAAGAGUCUGUUUGAGAUCUCAUUCUUCUUUUUUUCGUCUCAUGAUCACGAUUUUGGCAUUGCACACUAGAUUAUAGAUUCAUGGGCUCGAACGAUAUUAGAUGUGCAGGUUACGAUUUUUCAUGGACAUUAACGCACGUCGCGACUAGAUGUACCCAUUUUCUUUUUCUCUGCGUUCUUCUUCUUCUCUCAAUGGGCUGUAGCUACCACAUAGAUGUUAGAUGACAUAGAUCGUUAGACAUGUACUUAGAAUUUCGCUCGUCUUCUCUUUUGUUAUUCUGUUCAUAGCUAGAGUUGUGUAUCCGUAUGUACGUUUGUUGUAUGCUUAUGCUGAGUUUACCC